AUGCGCAAGUGCUUCAGCACCUGCGCGCGAUCUCUGAGCCAUGAAAACCCCCUAGGUCUCCCUCGCAAGCCUGCGCCAGGAAGCAAAGGCCCUGCACCGACCAUUCCACGGGCCCAACAUGGGCUCCCGCAGAAGCGACCUCUUCGCAAUGUCGCCCACACCAUCGCCGUCUCAUCCGCGAAAGGCGGCGUGGGCAAGUCGACGCUGGCCGUGAACCUCGCGCUCUCGCUUUCACGCCACGGCUUGCGGACCGGCAUUUUGGACACGGACAUCUUCGGCCCUUCGAUCCCUACGCUCCUCGGACUCUCGGACGCGGGCGAACCGAAGCUCACGGAGAAGAACAUGCUCGUGCCGUUGACGAGCUACGGCCUGAAGAGUAUGUCUAUGGGGUAUCUCUUGCCGAGCGAGUCCGCGCCGGUAGCAUGGCGCGGGUUGAUGGUGAUGAAAGCUCUACAGCAGCUACUUCACGAAGUGGAAUGGUCGCCCGGGCUGGACGUGCUGGUUCUGGAUUUGCCGCCCGGCACUGGGGAUGUGCAGUUGACGAUAGGCCAACAGGUGGAAUUGGCGGGCGCGGUGGUCGUUUCCACGCCCCAAGAUAUUGCUCUCAAGGAUGCUGUCAAGGGCGUGGAAAUGUUUCGCAAGAUGAACAUUGAGGUCCUGGGCAUGGUGCAGAACAUGAGUGUCUUUGUCUGUCCCCACUGUCAUAAGGAGACUAAGAUCUUUGCGCACGAUAACAGUCCUAACGGCCUGGGCGGUGCGGAGGCGAAAGCAAAAGAACUGGGUGUCGAUUUUCUAGGUGAUGUGCCGCUUGAUGCGAAGAUUUGCGCCGACGCGGACAGGGGCAUGCCCACUGUUGUGGCUGAAGAGGCGAGCGGAGUCAGAACCAAUACAGGCUACUACGAACGGAUCGCGGAGAAGGUGGCAAAGAAAGUCGGCUUGAAUUGGAUGUGA